UUUCCCCAAAGAUAGUGACGGAAUCAAUAAAGAAAAAGUUUCAUAUUCCAAAGUUCCUCUCCUUCCUCACCCACAAUCACACCUUCGUAGACUUAGUCCUCGUUAACAGUCCAACAUCGAUCUCAUUGAUGUUUUUCUUCCUUCUUGGAUCUAAUCUCUGCUUUCUUCAGUUUCUCAUUCUUCUUUCCCAUUAAAAAUUUUUUCUCUUUUUCACUCAUGACACAGCUUAUAGCUUUCAGCUUAUAGUAUUAUAUAUAGAAAUAUACUGAGCUGAACAAGGAAACAGACCUGCUAACAAUGGCUAUUAUGGGUUUUAUUUUCCUGUUCGUCUUGUUCUUCUUGGUGUCUGUAUCAAGUGCAGAAUUCUCGAGCAUUCCAGGGAUUAACUAUGGCCAAUUGGGAAACAAUCUGCCGUCGCCAUUGAAGUCGGUGGAGCUCAUCAAAACCCUCAAAGCCAAGCGCGUCAAAAUCUACGACGCAAACCCAGAAAUCCUCAAAGCCCUGGCAAACACGAACCUCCAAGUCUCAAUUAUGGUCCCGAAUGAACUCAUCGUUAACAUCUCCUCCAACCAAACUCUAGCAGACGAAUGGAUCAAAACCAAUUUGAUUCCUUUCUACCCCCAAACCCUCAUUCGCUACCUCCUCGUCGGCAACGAGGUCAUCACUAGUAGCCCGCCGGAAGUCUGGGCGGCUCUCGUGCCGGCAAUCCGACGAAUCAAGCAUUCUCUCAAAACCUGUGGGAUUCACAAAGUCAAGGUGGGAACUCCCUCCGCCAUGGGCGUGCUGGAAUCGUCGUUCCCUCCGUCGAACGGAACUUUUCGGAGCGACAUUGCGGAUCGGAUCAUCAGGCCUUUGCUGCAGUUCUUGGAUCGGACGAAGUCGUUCUUCUUCCUGGAUGUGUACCCGUACUUCGCUUGGAGUUCGGAUCCGAACACCAUAAAUUUAGAUUACACGCUGUUUGAGUCCAAGAACAUAACGGUCACGGAUCCAGGCACGGGUUUGGUAUACCACAAUAUGUUCGACCAGAUGGUUGACGGCGUGCAUUUCGCAAUGAAGCGACUCGGGUAUCCGAGUGUUCGGAUCUUCAUCGCCGAAACGGGUUGGCCCAAUGGAGGAGAUAUUGACCAGAUUGGCGCGAAUAUUUAUAACGCCGCCACUUACAACCGGAAUUUCGUGAAGAAGGUUACGACUAAACCGCCGGUUGGCACGCCGGCUCGGCCGGGUUCGAUUCUUCCGUCAUUCAUCUUCUCUUUAUACAACGAGAACCAGAAACCGGGUGUGGGUACGGAGCGUCACUUCGGGCUGUUAUACCCAAACGAGUCGCACGUGUACGAGAUUGAUCUGUCAGGGAAGACGCCGGAGUCGGAGUACAAGCCAUUGCCACCGGCGGAGAACAAUCAGCCAUACAAAGGAAAGAUAUGGUGCGUGGUGGCGAAGGGAGCCAAUAAGACGGCGCUUCAGGGUGCUUUAUCGUACGCUUGCUCGCAAGGAAACAAAACCUGCGACCCGAUCCAACCCGGGAAACCGUGUUUCAAACCCAAUUCGCUGGUUUGGCAUUCUAGUUAUGCCUUCAGCUCAUACUGGGCCCAGUUCAGGCCUUUAGGUGGGACCUGCUUCUUCGACGGCCUUGCCACGCAAACAACGAAGGAUCCUAGCUAUGGAUCGUGCAAGUUCCCAAGUGUGACGCUGAAAUAAGCAAGUGGGAAUAAUCAAAAAAGAAAUAAGCAAGUGGGAUUUUAUUUUGUUUGACCAUUGCAAGUGGGAGUUUGAUUACUCAACGAUUCAAUAAUUCAUGAUUGACCAUUAUCACAUUCAUAUUUGAAAGAAGGAAUUGCUGUUCUCAUUUGAACACUUGUACUGAGACUGCUCGAAUCUGACCCGACUCGAAUCUGGAUUAUCCAUUUUGUAAUGUCAAGUGUCAGAUUUCAAACGAGACUCAAUAGAUAUGUGCGUGUGUUUUAUAGAGAGUAACUUAUUGCUGAUUUAGCUUCGUGAAUGUAUGUUUCUUCUUUAGGCGGCAUAAGGUACCCACCAUCAUGGGUAUAUAUUGAUUGAUGAAUUGUUUCAGUUUAA